ACGGUAACAGUGUGAGAAAACUCUUCUCUAAACAGAGACCCUUGACGCAAAGUUACAGCUUUGUAGCCUACAUUUGAACAUUUCCUACGAAACUGUAAAUAACAUAUCCGGUCAAGGCUACGUAUCGAUUUUUAUAUCCGUGUUGCAAUCUGUGACCUGUUGACGCGCAACAUUGUUUCCAAUCAUUGACCACAAGAACAAUCGCCAAAGAUAUGAAGAGGAGACUUCUGCUCGUGUCCAACUCAACCCUGCACGGGGGAGGAUAUCUGGAACAUUGUCAACAGCAGAUCAAAGACUUUUUCGGAAUAGGGGUGAAGAGGAUUUUAUUCAUCCCCUAUGCACUGUGUGAUAGAGAUGGCUACGCAAAGACUGCAAGGGACAAGUUCAACAGUCUGGGUUAUGAGGUGGACAGCAUACACGAGGCCUCUGACCCAGUGGAAGCUGUAAGGAAGGCUCAGGGUAUAUUUAUAGCUGUUCUGUCUAUAGGUGGUGGCAACACAUUCCGUCUGCUGAAAUGUCUCUACGACAACAAUGUGCUGUCUGAGAUCAACAAGAGGGUUCUGCAGGAUGGUGUUCCCUACAUGGGUUCCAGUGCUGGCACCAACGUCUCUACUGUCAGCAUCAACACCACCAACGACAUGCCCAUCGUGUACCCGCCCUCCUUCAAUGCCAUUGGUCUAGUGCCUUUCAACAUCAACCCUCACUUCCUGGACACGGACCCUAACAGCAGACACAUGGGGGAGACACGAGAGCAGAGGAUCAUUCAGUACCACGAGGAGCCUGACACUCCAUCUGUUCUGGGCUUGAGAGAGGGUUCCAUGUUGCUCGUGGAAGGAAACAAGGCUACUCUACUGGGCACCUGCAAGGCACGGCUGUUCACCAGGGGGAAGCCAACAACAGACUUUGAAUCUGGCAGUGACCUCAGCUUCUUGCUGACAGAGAGACAGUGAAGUUGUACAUCUCUGUUCUCCACACCCCAGCAAGACUGAUGCAGAUCCUUUUUUUUUUAACCUUAAUUGACUGGCCAAGUAAAAUAAAGAACAGAUUCUUAUUUACAAUGACGGCCUAGGAACAGUGGGUUAACUGCCUGUUCAGGGGCAGAGCGACAGAUUUGUACCUUGUCAGCUCGGGGGUUUGAACUUGCAACCUUCCGGUUACUAGUCCAACGCUCUAACCACUAGGCUACCCUGCCGCCUUUCAAGUGGAAAUGCACUUAUAUCAAAAUAAAAAUUGUCUUAUGCAUAAAUUGUGUGGGGAGGGAGAUAUUAUCAUUUUACUAAGGUGAACUUAGAUGAUUUAUGAAACAACUAGUCAAGUGGAAAUGCACUUGUAUCAAAAUACCAGUUCAUCAGAUAUCCUUUAUAGCACACUGAUAUUCGAGUUGUCAGAAUCAGAGACGAUAAUGUGGCAACAAGUAUGAAAGCAGGGCACAAAGAAAUGCUUAUGGUUUUUAAACAUUUAAUUCAGGAAAGAUCAAAACAUUGUCAGCUCAACCAGAUAUGUGGGGAAAGGAAUACAUCAUCAGUUUCAGUAAUAUUGUCUUUAAAAAAACCACACAAGUAUGAACAAGGAACAACUUGAAAUCAAUUGGAGAAAAAGUCUGGUAAAAUUACAUUAUUGUAACAGGAAACGUGCUUUAAGAUAAAUAAUAAAACAGAUGAAGCAGUGGGUGAUGGGUAAUUAGAUACUAUAGUGC